AUGCUCUCGCGGGCAGCUUGUAGAACAGCACUGAGGAGUGCCCGGCGCCUCCCAGCUGCCAAACCUCCAGCGACCGCGAACGCCCGCACCUUCACGACAAAGACUCCGACGCGCCCACGCCUGCCUCCACCGUCGUCGUCGUCACGCCUUGGCCGUCGCAAUGGAUCGACCAUCGAAGGCGCGAAGAUUCUCUUCCGAAGACAUCCCAUCUCGAUGACUGUUGUCUCAGCAAUCAUUGUGUUUGGCUUCGGUGUGCUCAUGUACGCACCAUAUGUCUACCAUUACUACAUCGUCGGCGCAUUCCACAACUUCCCCGAGCCCGUCGCAAAGAAGCUCCGUCGCGCCCUAUACUUCAGCCAAGAGAGGUCUCUAGAUCCGAAGCUAGCAAUCAAAUACUAUCGCGAAGCUUUGGCCGCCGCGGAUGAGGAGGGCAUGGACCCGUUCAGCAACGAGGUGCUCGGCAUCAAGUUCCAGCUUGCUUCACUCUUCGAGCAGCUGCAGAACUACCAGCGAGCCAUUGAUAUCCUGGAGAUUGUGAGGAGGGAUUGUCUGAGAUGGGUCGACGAAUUUGGCGACAAACACUGGAACGACGGCAAGAGGACAAGAGUGCUCGGCAAGACGAUUGGCAUUAGCGUUAAGCUCGGUGAUCUGUACUCCAAUCAGUACAUUAAAGACACUGAAAAGGCGGGAGAAAAGCUUAUCUGGGCCGUCGAGACUGUUCUCAGAGAAAAGAUCAGGCGUGAAAAAGAGGGCGUAAAGGAGGGCGAGGGUGACUGGAUUACCGACGAAGAGAUGGGCGCGUCGAUGGAAGCGCUUGCACACCACUAUGAAGCGAUGGACCAGCACUAUCUUGCCACCCCUUUGUUCCUUCAAGCACUUACUGUCGCUAAUCCUAAGUCGUGCCACGCGGCCACGCUUAUGAACAACCUCGCCAUAUCAAUUAUACAGCAGCGCCCGCCUCCUGGAUUUGGUGCGUCUGCCAACAAAAUUUCCCCUCCCACUACGCCUUCGAACCCUUCUACCCCGGCACCGCUUCACACUCUACCACCUGUAACCGAACAAGCUCGUCAAUGGGCUACUAAGGCCGUCAAUCUUGCGUCUACUAUUGCGCCCCCGGAGCGCGAUGAAGAGUGUGAUAUGGCAUGUGCCGUUGCCACUCACAAUCUUGGAGAGUUUGCAGAGAUGGAAGGCAGGAUCUCAGAGGCUAGGAGGAGAUAUACCGAAGCGUCUAGCUUGGCGAAAGCCAUCGGGUUUGAGGAAGGUCAUCAGAACUCAGAGGAGGGCAUCAGGAGACUCGGCGGAAAAGAAGAAAAGUAG